AUGGCUCAGAAUUCAAAAAGCCCAGCCUCUACUCCGGCACCACUCCCAAUCACCGCCGGAACACCCUACAAGAUCGACGAAAAUACACCUGAAUUGUUCCGACCGUUGCAAAUCCGGUCAAUCACCCUCAGAAAUCGGAUAUGCGUUUCCCCGAUGUGUCUUUACUCAAUCGAAUCUUCAGGGCCCCUCAAGGGCGUGAUGACACCUCUGUAUAUUACAACGAUCGGACACAAUGUUUUCAAAGGCGCUGCCCUGGCUAUGAUUGAGGCCACAGGUGUUCAGCCGAAUGGCCGCAUCACACCGCACUGUCCAGGUCUUUGGAAUGAUGCUCAAGAGAAGGGUCUGAAGCCCCUUGUGGACUUCAUUCACUCCCAAGGUGGACUUUGUGGUGUACAAUUAUCGCAUGCCGGACGGAAGUCGAGUACACAGCCUCCACUGGUUGCACAGGAGUUAGGGAAAUCGAGUGCAAGGGCCCCUAAGGAGGAUGAUGGGUGGCCUGAUGAUGUUUUGGGCCCUUCUGGAGGUGCCGAAAACUCAUGGGAUGGCAAAGGUCUUGAUCCAUCUGGUGGCUAUCAUGUACCCAAGGAAAUGACAGAGUCCGAGAUUAAGGAGCUGGUGUCGAAUUAUGCGAAGUCUGCUCAGCGGGCUGUGAAUGCUGGUGUGGAUGUCGUUGAGAUUCAUGCCGCACACGGCUAUCUCAUCAACCAGUUUCUCAGUCCUGUCACCAACCGUCGGACCGAUAAAUAUGGUGGAAGCUUCGAGAACAGAAUUCGUCUUUUGAUCGAGGUCAUAGUUGCUGUCAGAGCGGUGAUCCCGGAAAAGAUGCCUGUGUUCGUUCGAGUCGGUGUGACGGAUUGGCUGGAGAACACGGAUAUUGGAAAGAAAUUUGGAACCUGGACGAUAGAGUCGACCAUUCAGCUGGCCAGGUUGUUGCCGGAUCUGGGUGUCGACCUUAUCGAUGUCAGCUCAGGAGGAAAUCACUAUCAAGCUCAAUUCAACGUCUUUGAUGGUGGGGACAAGCACACCGAGAUGGCAUUAAAAGUCAAGCAGGUCUUGAAAGCCGAAGGGAGCAAGUUGUUGGUCGGAACGGUGGGCUUGAUCACUGAGGCCAAGCAAGCUCGCGACCUGGUGCAGGGCAGCUUGAUGAGAGGACCUGGUGUUGAUAUCAUCUCUGUUGGUCGGCAAUUCCUUCGAGAACCAGACUGGGUGCUGAACGUUGCUUCGGAGCUUGGAGUUGACGUCGCCUGGCCGGUGCAACUACAGCGACUUCGACCUGGCCCAACCUCUAAAAUUUGA